AUGGCCAAAAAUUGGCGCUUGGAUCCUUUCAAAGGAACUAUAUGCCACAUAUAUGAAAGCAGACUACUUUUGAGUUAUCUUCCACAUUUUGUUGGCGUACAAUUGAAGUUCCACUUAUUUGUCUUUCUUGUUCAAUUACUAACUGCAGAGGUUGAAUACGCUUCAGAAGCCGUCAAGCGAGGAACUUGCGCGGUAGGCGUCAAGGGAAAAGAUUGUGUUAUUUUGGGCUGUGAAAAAAGGACCACGCUCAAGCUUCAAGACCCCAGAAUCACACCGUCCAAGAUUUGCAAAGUGGAUAAUCACGCAUUGUUGGCGUUCGCCGGUUUGAACGCCGAUGCCCGUAUCCUUGUAGACAAGGCGAGAGUGGAGGCUCAGUCGCACAGACUCACGUUGGAAGAUGCCGUCACCAUCGAAUACUUGACCAAGUACGUCGCUGGAGUGCAACAAAAAUAUACCCAAUCUGGUGGAGUUCGUCCGUUUGGAAUUGCCACCCUCAUUGCAGGAUUCGACGCAAACGACACCGUUCCUCGUUUGUACCAAACAGAACCUUCGGGAGUGUAUAACUCGUGGAAGGCUCAUGCCAUAGGCCGGUCGUCGAAAACAGUGAGGGAGUUUUUGGAGAAAAAUUACGAGGAAGAUAUGAACGAUGAACAAACCAUCAAGUUGACUAUCAAGUCAUUGUUAGAAGUGGUUCAGACUGGCGCCAAGAACAUCGAGGUGGCCGUGUUGAAGGCCAACGAUCAAAUUCAUCUGAUGACGGUUGAUGAAAUCAAGAAAUAUGUCGACGAAAUCGAGGAAGAGAAGGCAGCUGAGGCAGAGAAGAAGAAGCCUCUGAGAGAUUAG